CUACAUUUAUCAUUAACAGCGCGUUUAACAGUUGCACACGAUGUCUUCACGAUAAACAACAACAGUGCUUCGUGCAAAUAAGACAGCGAAGUAUAAAUAAAAAUGGAAAUCGCAAGAAACGAUUAAAAAUCCAUGUCGCAAGACCUUGACGAUACAAAGGAACAAGUUCAUUACAGAAAGAGUGUUGUUACAAGAUCGAGCCGUCACGUCGUCGUCGCGUCGUCCUCACGCUUCACUGCUUGCAGUACAUUUUCACUGCUUAGUUGAUCACUAACUAUGUACACGAUCGGUACUAUUUCAUGCUACAAAUAAAGAUCCGAUAAAAUUAAGGUUAUCAUCGGAAUCUAGUGAAGGAUAAUGUGAUCACGCGUGGAACAAAGAACGUUUGGAAAUGCAGUUGCACAGUGAUUGUGUUCAGUAUUCUUUGUUAGUGUUAAUGUUCGGUGGUAGUGCAUUGUGGACACGAUGCUGUGUGUCGGGUGUGCGCGGGCCGAGUGUCGCUGGCGCAUGUGUCUGCUGGAGCACCCGUCCCCCAGCAACUUCUACGUGAGCUGUUGGCAAAGUAACCGCUCGGCCGCGCCGCUGUUACUGCUCCGGAGUUUCCUCUUCCUGUUCACGACGUGCGUUCUGCUCGCGUCUAUCGCUGUGCCCUUGACAUUGAACAAACAUUUCGGCCAUUGGUUCAUAUACCUAACACAUUGGGGUUUCCUACUAAUCGUUCUCACCACGGGCUUCGGUACUUCGGUUUCCGCAUACGCUUUCUAUAAGAAGCCAAUUGACGCUACGUUUGGCCUGCCAUGGUACGUGAAGACAUAUUGGAUUCUGUACAACAUCACAAUUCCUGUCUCCUUCCUCAUCACGGUCUUCUACUGGGGAAUCUUGAAGACCUCUGCCAACACGGUAAACUUCGCACCGAAUCCAGUGCUGGACAUCAUGUUGCACGGCGUGAACUCGGCGGUAAUGCUGGUGGAACUGAUCUGCUCAGCACACCCCAGCCGGCUGAUGCAUGUGAUGCAACCGCUGUACUUCGCCGGAGCCUAUAUGCUCUUCAGUGUCAUCUACUUUUUCGCUGGCGGACUGGACCCAUGGGGUAACCCGUUUAUCUACCCGGUGGUGGACUGGUCGAAGCCUGAGCAGACGAUGGUGGUGAUCACACUGACAGCAUUGUUCCUGGCGCUGAUGCACGUGCUGACUGUUGGUAUAGCGACCGUGAGAGAUGCGAUCGCCAAGAGACGCGACUCGUUAACCACAGGAGUCUACAACGAUGCAUUCACACCUUGACAAGCAAUUGCGGAUCAAAAAUGCGAGAAACCCGUAGCAAGGUUCAUUGAGGUACCGAAAUUAGAUUAAAGCUGGCCUGAGUUUUGUUAUACAGCGCCCUAUUAUGGUUGGGUCUUCUUUUACUGGGGGCCCAAGUUCGCUGGUGCCGGCCGUCCUAAACAAUUGAUAUUCUUGCUACGUGGUUCAUCCGACACUAUUGACUAGUGUUGACAAAAUGUGUGUAUCAGUUCUAUUCACUAGAACUGAUCCUUCUAGUAACGGCCAUGAAAUGAUGACACCUACCAAGGAUAGGCUGCGACUCCCCUUGGUAAGGGAGUGAUUGUGAAUAAACUGUUCUGGGUUCAGGUGUAUAGUGUACACAAAUGUGAUAUUAUUUAACGAAAUCUAACCUUAUGGUGCCUACCGACACAAGUCUGUCAACCUACUCGAAAGCGUAUUUGUUGAAUAGAUCUUCAACUGUAAACCUUUUGUAACUAAAUCGAAAAUCGUUUGUAAAAAAUUGUAGUAGGUUGAUAUGCUGACGUCUAUACUAUUCAAGCAACCGAUGUACUUUAGAAGCGCUAAACAUUUUUUGUAAACGAAAGUUAUUUGUGAAUAUUUAACUUAGCAAAAGAUGAUGUUUGUAUGAUCUUAUACCUCUACUUUUAUUAAUAGUAAAAUACAUACCAUUAUUUUACUUUAAUAUCGCAAAAGCGCACUGUGAUUUUAGUUUUUAAGGUGUUGUAAGUACCUAGCUGUAUUUUCUUUUAUAGAAAGGGUUUGUACAUAAGUAAGCACAGGGAUUGAAUCUCUUUACAAUGUGUUAUGAAAUGUAUUCGUAAAUAAACGUUUCUGUGUA